GGGUGCCUCCGCCUCCGUGCCGUGCUCCGAAGGGGGAUUCCGCCCCCCGCCACCCCAGCAGCCGCCUCCGCCGCAGGACGAUCCGCCAGAAAAACCCGUGAAGAAAAAGCGGAAACGAUGCGGCGACUGCGUAGGCUGCCAGCGGAAGGACAACUGCGGCGACUGCGCCCCCUGCAGGAACGACAAAUCCCACCAGAUCUGCAAGAUGCGACGAUGCGACAAACUCACCGAGAAGCGGACUCCCCGCGGCGAGAAGAUGGAGCGUCGACAGGCCGGUAUGGGUGCUAUGAUGCCUUUCUUCCCCGGUCCCGGCAUGGGCGAGCAGCCUCCCCUGCCGCCCCCAGAGAUCCCACCUUUCCCACACAUGAGGGAGCGCUUCCCCAACGCUGUAUGGGGCGGCGAGGCACCACAGGGGCAGUGGCCGCCCCCGUUCCAUCCCCCAAGUUUGGGCCACCCACCCAUGGGUCACCCACCCCACCACCGCCACCACCACAUCAAUUCGGCCAGUUCGAGCCCCGUCAACCCAUGUUCAAUUUCCCCGGUGGGCCCAACGGGCCCCCCGCUCCCCCUGCCCCCAGUGUACCAGUUUCGCAGUUCAACAGUCAGUUUAACGGACAGUUCAACGCCCCCGGCGAGAAUGGCACUGCGGGCUACGUGCCGCAGGGACACUUCUCCCCCCAGACGCCGCAGACGUCCGUCCCCGCCUUCGCGAGUGGGCCGCCCAACGGUUUCCUCACGCAAAACCAGGGAAACGGGGUAGUGGGGGGUUCGUCCCCCCAUCCCCACCGCUACCCAGGCUCUAACGACUUCCAUCAACAACAACAGCAACAGCAGCAGCAGCAGCAACAACAACAACAGCAACAGCAGCAACAACAGCAGCAGCAACAACAACAACACACAACAGCAGCAGCAACAACAACAACAGCAGGCGGCAUGUUCAAGUCCCCCAUGGCGUCGCCUGCAGUGUCGGCGCCUGAGGCGUCACCUGUCACAGGAGGGUUCACCAUGACGACGCUGCCGUCCCCUCACGCCCCUCACACGCCGCACGCCCCUCACACCCCUCAUACAGCCGAUCACCCAAACGAGAAGCCUGGGUACCCGCCGCCUCCCCCCACGCAGAGUUUACUCGGCUCUAGAGUGUCUGCGGGCGGGUACUCGGGUCAAACUUUGGAAGGGGGUGCGGGCGUGCCCCAGGCAAGCCCACACGGCUCCGUCAGCGUGCAGAGUCGACUGAAGAACAUGAUCAUGUCCCGGCAAGGAGGCUCCGCGUACCCCGGCGGGGGCGUGGACUCGCCGCCCUUGGGCGAGGUGCACUUCUCCGGACACGUCGCUGCCGUGACCAGCGUGGCCAACGCCGAGCCCGCGCACAUGCACGAAUCUCUCAAAAUGGCCCAGAAUUUUUUAGCCUAUAGGACUGCAGAGCCUGGCCCGGGCUCUGUGGUCCAUGCCAACAGUAGUGAUGUGAAGGGCGGCGUGGGGACCGGACAUACCCAUGCCAACACUAACAGUAGCAGUGAACCUCCGAGCACGGAAGGGACACCGCUGCGGGGGUCAGCGCCCCCUCAAAACUGUCAAGUUAGUGAACACACGAGUAGUGGAAAUGAUCAUGGUAACAGUGAAAUUGACACUGAUAUAAAGAAAGAAGUUAUUGAUGAUGUGGAAAUGAAGGAAGAAUUAGCUAAUGUUAGCGAUGAUGUUGAAAUGAAAGAGAUAGAAAAGAAGGAAAGUGAAGAUGUGAAAAUUAACGAAGAAAUAAAAGUGGAACGGAAAGAAGAAUCGCAGGUGGACCAGGCCGCCGCCUGCCCGACCGACAGCAUAGCACCCAAACCUCCGGACCAGCUUGGCCCCAGAACGCCUCCAGCUGGGGCCUCCGAGGACGAGACCGGGACGAGGAACACAGAAACCAGCCGCCCACAAAACCUUGGGGAGAAGUUGUCAGUGUACGACUUCCCAGACAGUCCAGACUCGAGCCAGAGCCGCCAGGAUUUUCGGUUUGGCAGGGUCAGGGGGGCAGGACCGCCAUCGUCGCGGCCUGCGUGUGCUAGUGUGCCUGGGGCCGGACGCCCCGGGCCGCUUGCAGCCACCCCCGCGGGGCCUAAGACGCCAUCACGGCACCACGUGCCAGCUCCUCCAGUUUGUGGAGGACCGCCUAGGCCCCCGGGUCCCCCUGCCUCUGCCUUCCAGCCUUGCAACGAGUCAGACUCCAGUCAGUAUUCGUCCAACAACACCAGCACACUCGCCAACCACACGAAGACUACGCCAUGCCAACAAGUUGCUGCCAGUUCGACCCCUGGUGACCAGCAGUCCUUACAGCUGCAGAAGCAGCAGGCGAACUUGCAUCAGUCUGUAGGUGCAGUUCAACCCGCCACAUAUCACCCGGAGAGUCAUCAGUCUCAUGUCCAACAAACCCAAGCUGAGGCGCCCUCCGCAUCGACGCACUCGACCGCGCCGCAGACGACACCCAGUCAGGCCGACGCCUCCGAUGGCUCCCGCAACACUCCUCGGGUGAAGACGGAGAGUCCCCGCCCGCAGCAGCAGCAGCAGCAGCAGCCGGAGCCACAGCCGCAGACACAACCACAGUCGCAGACAACCGACGCCGUCCAAGAAGGUCCUAAGAAGAACCCAGACCUGGAGGCUCGCAAGGAGCGCCUUCGUCUAAACGAGCUCAACGUACCUCGAUGUUCAUGCAUUGUCCCCCCUGGAACCCCUGACCCUGGCCCCAUAUACAGCCACCUCGGUGCUGCAUCUACUCUGCUAGAACUGCGGAGUAUUCUCGAACGGCAGACUGGCUUUGUUGGUGCUGCUGUGAGGCUAGAAAAGGUUAUCUACACUGGGAAGGAAGGAAAGACUGAUGCUGGAUGUCCACUUGCCAAGUGGGUGAUACGCCGUGGGGGUCCUGAGGAGAAGAUGCUUGCCAUUGUGAAGCACCGAGCAAAACAUACCUGUUCAUCAGCAUGGAUAGUAGUUGCAUUGGUAGCAUGGGAAGGGAUGCCUCUACCUGUUGCCGAUGAUCUUUAUUCUAUGCUUGUCUACAAACUCAAUAAGUUUGGAUAUCCAACAGAAAGAAGGUGUGGUGUAAAUGAUGAUCGCACAUGUAUCUGUCAAGGUUAUGACAAGGAAACCUGUGGUGCUUCCUUCAGUUUCGGAUGUUCCUGGUCAAUGUACUACAAUGCUUGCAAGUAUGCACGCAGUAAAAUCGCAAGGAAAUUCAAACUUUCAGAUGAACAGGAGGAGAAGGAAGUUGAAGAGAAACUACAAGGUUUAGCUACGAUUAUAGCUCCUUUGUAUGAGAAGUUUGCACCAGAAUCCUACUUGAACCAAACAGCAUUUGAAGAAGACAGCAUAGAAUGUCGCCUGGGAUAUAAACCUGGGCGGCCAUGGACAGGUGUCACAGCAUGUGCUGACUUUUGUGCUCAUGCACAUAAGGACCUCCAUAACAUGAACAAUGGUUGCACUGUAGUGGCAACCCUCACCAAGCACCGUGGAUUUGUCAAGCCAGAUGAUGAACAACUUCAUGUUUUACCUCUGUAUAUUCUGGAUCCCACUGAUGAAAAUGGAACUUAUGAUUCAUACCAUCAGAAGGUCCAGUCAGGUGCUCUAGAGGUGCUAAAAAAAUAUCCCUGUGAAAUACGCCUCCGCACUGAACCACUCCUCUCGUGCCGUGCAAGAAAUCUUUUGGCAAGAGGUCUACCUUUACCAAAAAGAAUUAAGAGCAGAGGAAGCAGAGGGCGAGGAAGAGGAAUAGUAAGGGGAAAAGCUGUCAAUGGGAUGAGCAGCCCUUCAACUCAAAACGUGGAGCUUAGUGAUGUGUUUGGCCUUGAUACGGACUUUGUGUUAAAUGGUAUUGACUUCAGUGAUCCUAAUGAUGUAUUAAGCAACUAUGGGUUAGAUGGCUCUGACUAUAGUUGGCUAUUGGAUGUUGGACCAGAUAAUGAUUUUGGACUUUCAUGUGAUUUAGACCAGAUAAUUUCAAGUAAGGAUGAUAGUACAAGCAGUGAUGAUGUAGCAUCUUCCAAUCAACCAUUAGCAGAUACUAAUCACCAUGACAGUGAAGUGGCUCCUGGGGAUUUGGCAGCUCCAGAUAGCCAGUUAAACCAAAGACAAAAUGCCCCAAGCCAAGUUCUGACAAGUACUGAAUCUCAUACACACUCAGGUGUCCCUCCUACUAGUCAAUUAGGAAGUUCGCCCAAAGUGGUAUCUGGCCCUGGUGCCUCUCCCAUGGUACAAGUUAGUCCUCAACCCUCUUCUAACUCAUCUAUGCCCCCUCCCAUGUCCCCUGCACUUAAAAGACCACAUUCUCCUCAGUGUAGUAGUUCCCCCAUGCCCUCAUGUUCAAAUAUGCCACAGCUUCCAUCCCAGACUGUCAGUCCUAGCAUCUCACCUCUCCCAUCUCCCAUGCGAUCAAACCUUCCCCAUUGCAAUAGCCCAUACCCUUCCCCCCUUGGUUCUCCUUCAGCAAGAUCCAUGACUCCUGUUAAUCCUUCAGCUAGUCCUUGUUUAUCCCCCAUCCCUUCUCCUUGUAUCAGAUCCUAUACACCUCCCCAUCCUUCAUCCAGCCCAUUCCCAUCUCCUAUGCCAUCAUCCUCAGCAGAUUCUGCUGCUCCUUCUAGCCUCAUACAGUCUCCCCAGAGUUGUCAGUCAUUGUUGGCUUCACCUUCUGGGGGACCUGUGAGGACAGGUACACCACAUCCCACUCCAUUAGGGCAAGCUUGUCCUGUGAGUACACCUCUGACACCUGUCUCUUCUCCAAACCCACCUGGUACAGGGGCUGCCAAUCCUCAAUGCUCUUACUUAAAUAACAGUCAGCAACAACAGUGUACAAAUAGUAAAGAAAACAAAUGCCACAAUAUCAGUAAGACUCAAAAUGAACUUCAUCCCCAUUCCUCUCAACUUUCGCAAAAUACUCCCUCCGCUGCAUGCAGUUUGCCACAUGUGAUGCAAAAUGGUGUUGAUCCAUCUCUACAGAUGCACUACAGAAGUACAAAUCAAUUUAGUAGGGGACCAAAUAUGCAAGAAGUAAUGCCUUUCCAUCAAGAUAGGAUCUACAACAACCCUUUUCCCGAUUUAACCAGUGACACAAGUCCCAGUAGAAGUGAACAACCAUGUAAUAAACCCAAGGAACCAGAAACUGUAAUCAAACACAGUGAUAAUGUAGAGAAUUUCCAUGAUCCAAAUAUCGGAGGUGUAGCCAUUGCUCUGACUCAUGGUUCGGUGCUAUUUGAAUGUGCCAAACAUGAACUGCAUGCCACAACUGCACUCAAGAACCCAAAUAGGCGUGAUCCAAAGAGAAUUAGUCUCGUGUUUUAUCAGCACAAGAACCUUAUAUAUAGAAACCAUGGAGGGCCACAGUUUGAGGAAAAGAUGGAGAGGAAAAGAAAUGAAGAAGAGAGAUUGAUCAGAGAAGGAAAAAUGGAGCCUUCUCCAAGAAAGAAAAAGAAAAUGAUGAAAGAAGGUUUUGUGUUUCCCGAUGAGUGUAACAAAGUCCAGAAAAUUGAGCCAGAAUUCCAAAGGAUGAAUGGGGUGGUUAGUAUGAAGCCACAGGAGGUAGGAAUGAGACAAGUUCCUCAGGAGGGACAUGCCAUGGGGAACAGACAAGGUCAUCUGGAGGGACAUCAGUUAGAUAGUAAGCCUGCCACAGUUUACCCACCUGCAGAUCCGAGGGUUCCUAAUCAUCCAGACCUUAAGUCGCCACCUAUUAGCUAUGCUAACUAUUCUAGGCCACUUCCCUCUGUCAUAGAUCACAAUAGAGCUUAUAGUCCUACUCAAAGAUACCAUGUUUCCCCACAAGUGCCUGCUUACUCGGUGGCCUCUUGUCCCCCCAACAUGGUAACCGCUCGUGCCCCGACCCUCCACCCACAAUUACAGAGACCCCAACCAACUGAAGACCACACAUACACUGGGAUGCAAAAUCCCCGUUUAAGGUAUGGAGAACAUUGCAGACCUCCCUUCAACACAGCCAUGCAGGAGUUCAACCCAUAUAACACAGUGCCUACCCCGGGGGCAAAUUCCUACCAGCCUCACGGGCAUCAGCAGUAUAGAGGUUUUCCUAAUCAGUACAACCAUCACCAUAAUCCUAUUAGUAGUAUUAAUCCAAUGUCAAGUUCCCGUAAUAGUGGUAAUCUUCCUAACAAUCCAGUGAUUAGCUCCAUCCACAAUCCAAUGUCGAGUCCCCAUAGUAACACAGUGCAGAGGAGCUCACAUGGAACACCACUACAUAGUCCCCAUGGAAACUCAAUGCUUAGUCCUCAUGGGGCUCGGUUAUCUAGCCCCCAUGCGAACUCAGUACACAGUCCUCAUGGGAACUCUAUGCAUAGUCCCCAUGGAAACCCAUUGCACAGUCCCCAUGGGAAUCCUAUGCAUAGUCCUUAUGGAAAUUCAGUACAUAGUCCUUAUAGUAAUCAUUUGCAUAGUCCACAUAACUCCUUGCCAAGUCCACAUUCAAAUUCCCAUCAGAUACCUAUGUUAAGUCCUCAUACAAAUACACCUAUGGCAAGCCCACUUGCAAACUCGCAAAACACACCUGUGCCUAGUCCACAUGCAAACACUCACCAUACACCCAUGCCCAGCCCCCAUUCAAACUCACACAUGCCCAUACUCAGCCCUCAUUCAGUCCCACACAACUCAUCAAUGCUGAGUCCCCAGUCACACCCACAACACAGUUCAUUGCCAGGCUCUCAUUCAAACUCAUACAAUACACCUAUGCCAAGUCCUCAUUCAAAUUCUCAGAAUACUGCUAUGGCCAACUUAUCCUCUAAUGCACAUGGGGCACCAAUGUCAAGUCCUAUUUCUAACCUACACAAUACACCAAUGCCCAGUCCACACUCUAGCUCACAGAACACACCAAUGCCCAGUCCCCAUUCAUAUCCACAAACCACACCCAUGCAGAGUCCUCUCUCUAAUCAGCAAACUACACCUUUACAAAGUCCCCACUCAAAUCCGCAAACUGCAUCCAUGCCAAGCCCUAAUUUAAAUCCACAAGUCACUCCAAUGCUAAGUCCCCAUGCUAAUUCGCAGAGUGCAUCUAUGCCAAAUCCUCACACAAAUUCACAAAAUGUUGCAAAUUCACAUACCUUUCCCGGACAGAGUCAAGGCUAUGCAAAUCAGAUUUCUCAACCUUCUUAUGGUUUGACCCCUCCCUAUAGUCCUGGUCCCCAUGGUUCUGUGUCGCAAGGAACGCCUCUGCCUACCUUCAAUGUCUCCAGUAGUUACAGUCCGAUGGCACCACGUGCACCCCUGACCCAGCCAACUGCCACUUGGUCAGAGAUGCGCUAUGCUCCGCCUUUUAGAUUGACUGGACCUUACAGUGAAUGGCCAGGGAAUUAGUGAGUGCUCCCAGAAUUCCCGAAUCUUGUUAUUCUCGAUUCUUGCUGUUACCAUGUUACUUCUCAAAUGCCGUGUAAUUUUUAGUGUUUGGCUGUGAGCUGGCUAUAGAAGCUCAAAAUGUGGUAGCUGCAGUGUAACUGGUCACAAAGAGUGAAAACUUACUUUCUGUUCAGAUAUAGAACUAGUCGAUAUUUAUUUAUUGUGACUGAGGUAAAUGACAAUUGUUCUUCGGAGAAAUAAUAUGAGUGUACAGUAUGUAACCUUUUGCCAUAUCACAAGCCGUUACUUGUGUAUUGAUCUCAUAUGAGUGAAAGACGUCUUGUAGAACCUUUGGUGACAAUUCUCAUUUUUAUUGAUGAAUCAGUUGUAUAGUUGUAAGGUAGUCUUACCACAAGUGUUGCUUCUUAGAUGGCUUAUUUAUCAUUUUCUUGUAAAUAGUACGCAGACUGUUUAGUUUUUUUAAUCUAAGGAUUUCAAUAGUUCUGAUAAUUGAAUUUUGAGGAAAUACAAUGCAAAGACGAUUGUUUAAAAUUGAAGAUGUUGAACCUGACACUUAACAGACAGGAGUAGGUCUGUAUUUCUGGUGAUCUUUAAUACUCAGAGGUGUUCUUUGAAUGGUGUGGGGAAUAAUCAGAUGAUUGCUCAAAUAUUCUCCAUUGACAUUUGAAUUUAUUUUUUUGGAAAUGCAGCACUUUAAGCCAAGAUGAUUACUAGUCUAUGCAAGGCAUUUUUAAGAAAUUUAGCCAUGUACUUUAUUUUUCUUAGGGUAAUUACUAACGUAUUUUUGGCCAAAAGGAAGGCCUUGAUAAUGUUAUUGUUUUAAGGACAUUUAAGGACAUGAUCACCAAGUAUAUACAAAGUACACCCGUUCAGAUUCUCACAUCUAAACUCAAAAGCCAUAUAAAGCAGUUGUGAACACUUCUCCCCAGCCCAAAGUUGUUGUAUCAGAAGGGCAAAUUCAGGGUCUCCUUUUAUCAUGUUCUUCUGUGGCUUCAUACACAGCACUGUUAUAUGCAUAUUUCACAAAUAUGCUUAUAAACUGGUUAAUACAGUAGAGGAGAUUUGCAGUAGAAACAUGAUAGAUGCAGGCCCCUGCUGAGUAACAUCGUAGACUAAGUUGCCAGUGGGCAUAAUUUGAAUGAAGCCCUCCACACGAGUGUAGCCAAGGUGACGAGUCUUCCAGCGAUAGAGUUGUGAGGAGUCGGUUUAUGGCUUGUCCCAUUUUCUAAUAUUCCAAAUCUGAUGCAAAUUUGUCUCUGUGAUCCAUUUAAUUAUCUAUUUCUUCUUAAGAUUACAUGUAGAUUUGUAAAAAAUAUAUAUAAUUAAAAAAAAAGAGAGAGAGAGAGAGAGAGAGAAGGCAGACAAAAAAUUUCAAAAACAAGAUUUUGUGCUUGUUAUCCCCUGUGAAGGAUCUUGUAUAGUGUUUGUCUUGGGUUUUAACUCCCACAGGACUAACGCUGGAGCCUCAGCCUGGUUACAUUUGCCUCUGUCGCCUUACUAUCGCCAUCUCUUGUACAAAUAACUUUUUGUGCAGUCUCCUUCUUCCCUUACUUUUUCUAUUGAUUAUUCUUGACAAUUGAGGUGCACUAGUUCAUAAUCACCCUUUAUAGAUGAAAACGCUGUAAUUUUUGGAUAAUAUUAACCCCUGUGCUACGUGCGAUGAAGAGUGAAAAAAAAAUGCUUGAGAAUCUUUUUGUAUUUUUACAUGCAUUUUGAUACUUUUAUUGAAAGCAAAAGUGAAGUAUUGUUUCGUAGCAGUACCUAUGACGCGGGAUGUAGAGAGGGGUAUGGGUGGACCCACUGGAAUGAGCUCUGAUGAUGACGUCAUGUAUUUUUUCAUCCUACUACGUUUUUAUAGUGGCAUUGUGAUCUCUUGGCAGAAUUGAAAAAAAUUCAAGAGUGUUUACUGCGGCAUUCUUUGUCCAUAGUUUAAUAAAAGAUACCCAAAAAUGAAAAGAAUGUGAGUAAAGUGCAGAAAAUUUCUUCUGUCCAUUUCUGACAGGUGUAGCAAUUGUUUGAAGGUGCAAUAUCAUUUUUUUUCUCUUAUUUAUUUAUAUAUUUAUUUAUUUUUACAAAUUUCAAUGGAACCUAGUGUGGAGUCUUCAUUUUUUCACCUGAAGUUGCACAUCUGGUAACUCAUACCUUGCCACUGCUGCCUUUCUUCCUGGUGCCCUAAUGUAGUAAGUAAAUAAAUGCUUGAUUGUUGGAUAAGUCGUGAAGCUGGAUUAUAAAGUACAAAUUAAUACACCACCCUCAGUCUGAGUUAUAGUGGCACUCCUCUUUACACCCCGCUGGCUUAGUUGAGAUCUCUUUAAAAGAAAUUCUGUCUGUCUGUCUCUUUCAAGUUGACCUCUAUCCGUUUUUCUAUCUUGGUACCAGUGUCUGUCUGUCACAGUAAACCUCAUUGUGUGAUUUAUGAGUCAUCCCAUUGCCUUAGGUGCAGUGUGUUUUUGUGACAUUAGAAAGGCAAUAACUGUUUCAGUAUUGGCCUAUGUGGUUUUUGGCUUUUUCAUUUAUCAGUGUGUACAUUUGGGACACUUAUGGGGGGAAAAGGGAAAAAGAAUGACCAUAUAUCAUCACUGUUUUUAGAAUUAAGUCAUAUAUAUAUAAGAAAUAGAAUUAGGAGUCAGAAAUUAAUUUUCCAAUUGUAUUAUGUCCCAGGUGUUAAUGAAUAAAUCAUACAUACUUAAUACCAUAAAGAGACUCUGUCUUAUCCCUCUUCUGAUGUCACAGAAACACAUCACUGAUGACCAAUAUAUCAAUAUAUCAUUUUCAUAUCCCUGCGGCUUUUUGUAUUUUGGGGUUUCUGUGAUGAGGCGGGACUCUCUUAUUUAACUUUAAUCUAACUCCUUGACAAUUAUAUACCCUUAUCUGACCAUAGACGACAAAGUUGGAACUUGUAUUCAUGGCAAAGAGAAAUGAAGUGAUGAUGGCAGUGUUAUUGAAUAGUUGAUAAAGUCUCAUGCUUGUACAUACUUUAUCUUUAAGGUAGCCGACAGUUAUCAGUGUGAUGGAGUGAACAGUUAUGAGUCGCGUGAAGAUCUACCAUGAGGAUCACCUCCCUAUUUGUAACACAAGAAUAGUGACACUUUUGGUAAUUCUGUACAAGGCCCAUAAAUGUUGAUUGUGUCACUAUUAUGAAUAAUGAUUAUAAUCAAUGUGCCGAUAGAUAUGCUCUUUUUCCCUUUGCUGAUAAUUAUGUUCUGUUUAGAUGCAAUAAUAUAUAAAAAUUGUUUGUGCAGUUUGUCAGACACUCCGCUGUUCGUUUCUACCAUAUUGAGGUAGUCCACAAUAGCAAAGAAUUUUGUAAGAAUUUCAGCUUCAAUGCUUUUCUCCUAGGGAUUGUGUAGCAUUGAUAAAGUGAUUCAUACAAAAUUCUUGUAGCACGUGACAAUGUAUAAAACUUUGAACCUCCAUUAAGUUUUAAUAAAACUUCUUUUCUCUGUAAUGUAAAUAGAAAAACAAGUUUUAUUGGAAUUGCCAGCAAGGUUCAAUAUAGUUGAUUUUGUCACUCAUUGUGGACCAGCCCUGUACAAUAGUCACGCAUGGCCCCCACACUGUGGCCUGCGGAGCCCCCACCAGGUACCCCCCCCCAAAAGGACUGUGGCUAAGAGGCUGGUCAUGGACAGGUACUGGCAAGGUAAUGGUAUGGAGGAUAUGGUACCAGCAGCCAUGAGUGCCUCGCAGUGCGGGACACUGAGCGAUCCCAUGAGUAGUCAGAUAGUUCUGGGGCACGUCAAUAAGGCUGAUUUUCUGUAGAUAUAUUGGGACUCGAGCAUUGUUGAGAACCCCAUGACUGUUGAACUAUCUCUCACCACAGACAGAAUGUUUUCUUGUUGACUGUUGCAUAUUACUGUGCCAACAUUUUUGGGUCUCUCCUCUGAGAUAACCAGAUAAUCAAAGUUUCCAGAUGCCUAUAGAUUUUUACUCUAUUUAAUUGCAAACCAGAUUGUUAUUCAUAGCCUAAAAAUCUAUACUAUUAAAUGAAUCUCAACGAGGACCCAACAAUUCACUCACCCGAACUGUGGGGCAUUGAUGGCUGCGAUAGAGUUAGUAUACUAGAGUAGACCAAAUGUAGAUGGAACAUGUAUCAAUAAUUAUGCUGUCUAUGUUCUCAUCCUCAAUAAAUGAUCAAAACUUA